AUGUUAAACUUAAUGUUCACCCAAUUGGCCUUCUUUGCUCUCCUAGCUCUUCCAUUCAUUGCCGCUAACAAGCAAACGGUGGGAAUCGAGGGGAAGCUCACUUGCAAUGGAAAGCCAUACUCGGGAGCUAAGAUCAAGCUCUAUGAUCAUGAUACUUUGACUAUGGACGACAAGCUCGGCGAGACGCAAACUGAUAACACUGGAUAUUUCAAGCUCAUCGGAACCGGCAGCGAAGUGAGCCGUCUCAACGUCAAGUUCAACGUGUACCACAGAUGUGGAAAGACGCUCCCUGUUUGCUACUACAAAUACUCGUGGGCCGUUCCUCAGAGCUACGUAAGCUCGGGCACCUAUCCGCAAAAGAUGUUCAACGCACAAACGAUCGAGUUGUCUCUCUUGGAGAAGCACCGAGAUUGCCUCAAC